AUCAUGAUGGCUGUGGAAGGGUCAACCAUUACCAGCCGGAUCAAGAACCUGCUGCGAUCCCCAUCCAUCAAACUACGUAGGAGUAAGGCAGGAAAUAGGCGAGACGACCUCAGCUCCAAGGUGACCUUGGAGAAGGUGCUGGGAAUAACAGUGUCUGGAGGCAGAGGACUGGCCUGUGACCCCCGGUCAGGUUUAGUUGCCUAUCCAGCUGGGUGUGUGGUCGUGCUGUUCAAUCCCCGGAAACACAAACAGCACCACAUUCUCAACAGUUCCAGGAAAACCAUCACUGCCCUUGCCUUCUCCCCUGAUGGCAAGUACUUGGUCACUGGAGAGAGUGGACACAUGCCUGCUGUGCGAGUUUGGGAUGUGGCUGAGCGCACUCAGGUGGCAGAGCUGCAGGAGCAUAAGUAUGGUGUGGCUUGUGUGGCCUUCUCCCCUAGUGCCAAGUACAUUGUCUCUGUGGGCUACCAACAUGACAUGAUCGUCAAUGUCUGGGCCUGGAAGAAAAACAUUGUGGUGGCCUCCAACAAAGUGUCCAGUCGGGUGACAGCAGUAUCCUUCUCUGAGGACUGCAGCUACUUUGUCACUGCAGGCAACCGGCACAUCAAAUUCUGGUACCUUGAUGACAGCAAGACCUCAAAGGUGAAUGCCACUGUGCCCCUGCUGGGCCGUUCAGGGCUGCUGGGGGAGCUGCGAAACAAUCUGUUCACUGAUGUAGCCUGCGGCCGGGGCAAGAAGGCGGACAGCACCUUCUGUAUCACGUCCUCAGGACUGCUGUGCGAGUUCAGUGAUCGGAGGCUUCUAGACAAGUGGGUGGAGCUCAGAAACACAGACAGCUUCACAACCACGGUGGCCCACUGCAUCUCUGUGAGUCAGGACUACAUCUUCUGUGGCUGUGCUGAUGGCACUGUGCGCCUUUUCAACCCUUCCAACCUGCACUUCCUCAGUACGCUGCCCCGGCCCCACGCCCUGGGGACAGACAUUGCCAGCAUCACUGAGGCCAGUCGCCUCUUCUCUGGAUUGGCCAAUGCCAGGUAUCCAGACACCAUUGCCUUGACCUUUGAUCCUACUAAUCAGUGGCUGUCUUGUGUAUACAAUGACCACAGCAUUUAUGUUUGGGAUGUGAGGGACCCCAAGAAAGUGGGCAAGGUGUACUCAGCUCUGUAUCAUUCAUCCUGCGUCUGGAGUGUGGAGGUCUACCCUGAGGUGAAGGACAGUAACCAGGCCUGCCUGCCCCCCAGUUCCUUUAUCACGUGCUCUUCUGACAACACCAUCCGUCUGUGGAACACAGAGAGCUUUGGGAUACAUGGCUCCACCCUGCACCGAAACAUCCUCAGCAAUGACCUCAUUAAGAUCAUCUAUGUGGAUGGAAACACUCAGGCCCUGCUGGACACCGAGCUGCUUGGAGGAGACAAAGCUGAUGGGUCCCUGAUGGAUCCCCGUGUGGGCAUCCGCUCUGUGUGUAUCAGUCCCAAUGGACAGCAUCUAGCUUCAGGGGACCGGAUGGGCACACUUAGGGUGCAUGAACUGCAGUCCCUGAGUGAGAUGCUGAAGGUGGAGGCCCAUGAAUCAGAGAUUUUGUGCCUGGAGUAUUCAAAGCCAGACACAGGUCUGAAGCUACUUGCAUCAGCAAGCCGGGACCGACUGAUCCACGUGCUGGACGCUGGGAGGGAGUACAGCCUGCAGCAGACGCUAGACGAGCACUCAUCCUCCAUCACUGCUGUCAAGUUUGCAGCCAGCGAUGGACAAGUCCGCAUGAUCAGCUGUGGAGCAGACAAGAGCAUCUACUUCCGCACUGCACAGAAGUCUGGAGAUGGAGUCCAGUUUACACGAACACACCACGUGGUACGGAAGACAACCCUGUAUGACAUGGAUGUGGAACCCAGCUGGAAGUACACAGCCAUCGGCUGCCAGGACCGAAAUAUUCGGAUCUUUAACAUCAGCAGUGGGAAACAGAAGAAGCUGUAUAAAGGGUCACAGGGGGAGGACGGCACCCUCAUCAAGGUGCAGACAGACCCCUCAGGGAUCUACAUUGCCACCAGCUGUUCUGACAAGAACCUCUCCAUUUUUGACUUCUCCUCUGGCGAGUGCGUGGCCACCAUGUUUGGCCACUCAGAGAUUGUCACUGGCAUGAAAUUUAGUAACGAUUGUAAACAUCUCAUCUCUGUGUCUGGGGACAGCUGCAUAUUUGUAUGGCGCCUGAGUUCGGAGAUGACCAUCAACAUGAGACAGCGUCUGGCUGAGCUACGCCAGCGUCAGCGAGGGGUCAAGCAGCAAGUACCAUCCUCUCCCCAAAAGACUUCUGGACCCAACAGGCACAAAACCCCAUCAAUGCUCUCUAGUGGACCAGCUCUCUCAUCAGACAGUGACAAGGAGGGAGAAGAGGAGGGGACAGAAGAAGAAGAACUUCCAGCUCUGCCUGUCCUUGUCAAGAGUAUCAAGAAAGAGCCAGCUUCAGUCCCCAGUUCAGCCCUGCCUCGAAGCCUGUCCCAUUGGGAGAUGAGUCGGGCACAGGAGACAGAGUUCCUGGGUCCAGCUCCUACAUCCAGCCAAGGAUCCAGAAGAAGGGGGCGCUGGGCUCAGCCAGGCGUGGAACUGAGUGUUCGCUCCAUGCUGGAUCUGCGGCAACUAGAGACAAUAGCUCCAAGCCCUAAGAAUCCCCGACAGGGCUCAAUGGGCAUGGCCCUAUCUAGUCCUGGAAAGUAUGGUCAACAAGCCUCUUCGGCCUCACGUGCUAAACAGAAUGGAAAGACCCCUUGGCCUCAGGUUUCCCAACCCUGUUCCUGCCCCCACGUUAUCCGAUUGUUGUCCCAAGAGGAAGGGGUCUUUGCCCAAGAUCUGGAGUCUGCUCCCAUCGAAGAUGGUAUUGUCUACCCAGAGCCAAGUGACAGCCCCACCCUGGAUACCAGAGAGUUCCAGGUGCAGGCCCCAGUCCGAGGGACCCUGGGACGAGUGUACCCAGGCAACGGAGGCUCAGAGAAACAUAGCCCUGACAGUGCCUGCUCUGUGGAUUACAGUGGCAGCCGCCUUUCCAGCCCUGAGCACCCCAAUGAAGACUCUGAGAGCACGGAGCCCCUGAGUGUGGAUGGAAUCUCCUCAGACCUUGAAGAACCAGCUGAGGUUGAUGAGGAAGAGGAGGAGGAAGAGGGAGACACUGGCCCAUAUGGGCUACAGGAAGGCAGCCCCCAUACCCCGGACCAGGAGCAGUUUCUAAAACAGCACUUUGAGACUUUAGCCAAUGGGGCGGCUCCAGGUGGCCCAAUCCGGGUACCAGAGAGGGCAGAGUCUCGGAGCAUCUCUUCACGAUUCCUGCUGCAAGUGCAAACCCCACCACUCAGGGAACCAUUCCCAACCUCCGCAAGCCCAGCCCUGAAGCUGAGACCAGCCCAGGUACCACAGGCAUCUUGUGAGCAGCUGAGAGGCAAUGGUGCCAGCCCCCCAGGUGCUCCCCCAGAGGCAGAGCCUUCCUCUGGCAAUGCUGGCCUUCAGCAGACAACCCCUGUGCUGUUGCCACGACGCCGUCUGAACCCAGACAACACCUGGACUCCUAAGAGAGCAGCCUCAGCUGGCCCCUUAGGUGGACUCCAGAAAGCCCAGUCUGUGCACAGCCUGGUGCCACAGGAAAGGAGGGAAGAUGAGGGCCGUCCACCAGGCCCAUUACUCUCACGGACGAUGGAGGCACAAGAAGGCCUGACCCAGGCUGAUGGCCAUCCAUCUCGGCCCCACUCAUACCAAAACCCCACCAGUUCCAAGACCAAGAUAUCCCGCAGCGUCUCUGUUGGGGAGAACUUGGGCCUGACAGCUGAACCUCAAGCUCCAGCUCCCAUCCGAGUCUCACCACUCAGCAAGCUGGCUCUGCCCAGCAGAGCUCACCUGGUCCUAGACAUCCCCAAACCACUGCCUGAUCGUCCUACCCUGGCCACAUUCUCACCUGUAACCAAGGGCUGGGCCCCUGGUGAAACAGAGCAGCCUGGCUCCCCAGCAGGCCUGGGAAAGGCCCACAGCACACCUGAGAGGAGGGCGUAUUUGGGAGAGGGUACUAUUCCCAGGCCUAGGACUGAGUGCCCAGCUCAGCCUGAGCCUAGCAGUCUCCUCCAAGGCCCUGAGAACUUGCAGGCCCCAUCCCCUGAGAAGACUCCCAGCCCCAUGGAAUGUACCAGGCCAGGGGCAACCCUGAGCCAGGACUCAGAACAAGCAGUGAGCCUGGAGCAGUGUGAACAACUUGUAGCAGAGCUCCAGGGUAACUUGCGCCGGGCUACUCAGCUCUACCGUUUGGUGGCCAGCUAUAAGACACCCACAGCAGAGCAGAGUCGCAUCACUCAGCUCCUUAAAGACACCUUCUCCUCAGUGCGGCAGGAGCUCGAGGGCCUGGCUGGGACUUUGCUGUGUAGCCCUGGUGGAAGCCCUGGGGCUGUGGGAGCUGAGCAGACACAGGCCCUCCUAGAGCAAUACUCAGAGCUGCUACUUCGAGCUGUGCAGCAGCGCAUGGAACGCAGACUCUGA